UCGACGGGACUGCACACAAUUUCUUUUCGCAUACGUACACGGAUACACACGACUACGAAAAAGAGAAGUAGCGGUGCGCGGGUGUGUGUGCGCAGAACAGAAAACAAUGUCACUGGAGUAACGAAAUCUCAACUGACAGAUAACCCAGACGACUUACCAGUAUUCGACUCACAAAAUUGACGGUGACGACGAGACGAGAGAGCCUUGCACACUCGUCCUUUGUUCUCGACGGCUUCGCGAGAGUGGCGCAGCGACACAACCACUUGCUUCGCUCUUUCUCUGUGUAUGUGUGUACCUGUCUAUCGAUUCGUCGGUGUGCCUGUGCGCGUUUGUUGUGAUUCGACGCAGCUAAGGGACGCAAGAACGAGGAACUGACUGACCUGGCCGAAGUCCAUUAAGUCGAAGUACUGUUGACUUCCCUUCGCCAAACAGAUUGUCGGCCGCUUGACAAGUCCCGACCCGCGUCGACGAAUGAGUGAGCGAGAGGGAGAGAGAGAGAGAGAGAGAGCGCGCGUGCGAACGAGCGUAACUCUUUUCUUUAUCGAUUCUCCGCUCUGGACUUCGCAACUGAAAGCUAUCGUUUCCAUUUUUCAAUGCACCUGUCGCUCGUCAACUGUCAUUUGAAAAAACUCUGAUCUGUGCACUGACACUCAUGAGCGGGUUCAUUGUGCGGGUGAAUAAAUAAGAUUGCAAUGGCUCUAAGGGCUGACCUUUUUACAUAACUCAACUCAAGGCUGUUAUAAGUAUCGUCUUGGACAGGAAAGAAGAUAGGAGAGGUCGUCCUCUAAUCAACAGAGAAUUUCUAAAAGAUUUAUCACUCAAAAGUAUAACUAGUCAAAGAGGCAAGCUUUUUUUUAUUGAACAAUUUGCAAGCAAGGUUCCUAAGAGUAUCUCCUAUGUAUCAAGUGAGACUGCAGUCUACAUGCGAGCAAAUUUUUGAUCUCUAGUAUGUUCUAAGCCUUUGACACUCGUUCAUCAGUACAAUUACCAUACAAAUCAUCAAGAAAGAGACAGGAGAAUCAAUUGCAAGAGUAUCCAUAUAGAGAUUUAUCUUGUUGAGUUCUGAAUGAAACUGAUAGUAGCUGUUGCAGUUGAAGUAGUCUGCGUGAGGACUUGUGAACAAAUCCAAAAGGUAACUUUGCGAAACCAAUGAUAUUGAAGCAGACAGGGGCCGUCCUCGCGCAGACAGUGGAACGUGGGGAUCGGCCCCAGCUGAGCUGACUAAAAAGGUCUCAAUAGUCGAAUGACAGUCACACAACUAGAGAAAGAUCUUUGACUUGGUCGGCAAACCAUUAUAUCUUUUAACGAGGACCACAAUUAGACUACCAACAUGAAUAUGCUCUAUGUAUUCCAAGUUGAAACUGGUGCCACCUUCACCUUUGAUAACAAAUUUGCUCUAGCCAGCGUGGCGGAACUGAAGCAGACGAUCGAGAGAGAAUGCGCGGUGAGCGCGGACCAGCAGGUGCUGCUGAUGAGCGGUGGCGAGAGCCUCGAGCCGGACGCCCGGGUCUGCUGCUACUCCACGGGCUCCGACACCAACCCGAUCUUCCUCUUCAGCAAGCUUCUCAUUGCGCAGGACGAGCCGCCCACGCCCAUCAUCGACUACGGCUCUGACGUGGAUCUGCAGAGCCAGGUGGAACAAUCGUUGACGAUGCCGGCGACGUACCAGACGCUGGUGUCUCGCGCCCAGCUCGCCAAGUACUGCUGCAGCCUGGCCCGCGACCAGGCGCGCAUCUGCGAGCGCCUCGUCCACGACCAGCAUCUGCAGCAGCAGGGCUGGGCGGCCGUGGUCGCCAACCUCGAGGACAUCACUAAGACCUUCCAGAGUCGCGCCGAGACGGUCCAGCAGAACUUCGCCGGCUACCUCAGCGAGCGCCAGCACUACUUGGAUCUCCUCCAGACCUUCUUCACCGAUCUCAAAAUGCUCGAGAACAUCCCGAUCCUGCCGGCACUGAGAGCCCACGCCGAAGGCUUUUACGAUCCGAAGGAUCAACAAGAAGCUGCCGCCGAGAAAGACGACAACGAAACCACUAACCCUACCAAUCCGAGCACCAAGGAGGUCGAGUUAGAGAUUACAGCUACGGACCCGUUGAGCUUGCUUAGAUGGAUCUCGGCAAAGGACAAUCAGAGCAGCUUGGAGCAGGUGGCCGAGCAGUGCGCCCGAGGCCUCGAGCAGUUCGAUGAGUGCACCAUGGAGGCAAUCAAGACCGAAAUAAAACACGUGAUCGAAGCGGCAAGCCGACGGGAUAUGAAAGACGUCGAGCAGAUGGGCAUACGUCUUUUCCAAUUGGAAAAAAUGAUGGUCAAUACGAAGAAAAUCGUCAGUGAACAAACAGAGCUCUCGCAUGGUUUCUGUCAGAACAGAGAUCGCGUAUCCAAACUCAAUGAUGAAAGCGUCCUACCUGAUCUCUGCAGGUCCCAUCGUAAGCAGCUUGAAGUCAUGCUCAAAAAUCACAACGAAUUGCGUGACAUCCGAUCUCGUUGCACUCUGGCAAAACAGCAGUUAGCGCCUAACCUCCAUGAGCGUCUUAAAUGGAUAAUGCAAGUGGAGAACUGUAUGAUGGAUAUUGACAACAGGCUGGUUUUGUAUAACGAAAGUCUACGACGUUUACGUCGUCAACUUGAAAUUCUACGCCAAAUUCACAUGGCACCGCAGAUGUACAUGGAGGCAAUUGCCGAGGUUGUGCGCCGGCGUACCUUCUCCCAAGCAUUUCUCAUGUGGGCAAGUGAUCUCGCUAGCCAACUUCUUAGCGUCCACAGUGAGGAGAUCGAGAGGAGGCGCGAGUUUCGGAAUAAAUUUGAAGGUCACUUCUUGAACACGCUAUUCCCAGGCUUAGAGGAUGUGCCACCACCAUUUGCCACACAGGCUCCUGCAGUAUUUGAUAAUGGUUUGCCCAAGCUGAAUCCAGAAGACAUGGAAUUGUUGAAACAAAAGUUACCCGAUUUAGCAAAUAGGGUUUCCACACCCGAUCUGAGUAGCAUAACGCAAUUUUUCUUCUCCAAAAGUAUCACUGAAAGCAGUAAUGACGGCAACAAAGAAAAGGAAAGUGCAUCGAUGCGCGUGGAUGACGUGCCUAAAGAGCAGGAAGCUGCCAGACCUCCGUUAAUAAGUGACAGAGGAGAUUUUGAAUCUGAAACUGACACGGAAGAGUUCGAAAAGAUUGGACAGGCAGCAACGGACUCGAAACUAACAUCAUACGAGAGCAUAAAACAGCAGACGCCGAUUCGUCAAAAGCAAAUGGAGGUUGGUGCCGCCUCGAUAUCGACCUCGUCGACCUCGACAAACGUCUCACCUUUGAAUCGAUCCACGUCUUCCUCGAGCGAACUCCUCCAAUUCCCAUCUUUGUCCACUAGCGAGAAAAAGGAUCAGCAGCCUCUCAGUCCUCUAACCGAAUGCGUUGAGCACAACCCUUCUUCCCCUAAAUUAGCCUCGAAUUUUCCAACUAACACCACAACGAGCUCGUGCGACGGUCAGCAGAAAAAACUAAGGCGGCAGUCCGGCAGCGAUGGGAGUAGUCCAUCCGUAGGCAAUGGGAUUGGACCUAAUGACUUUCUGGGCACGGAGUUUUACAUGGACGAAUCACUGCCUAGCAGUCUAAGCGAACAUCCGACUGAUAGCCAGCAUCAAGCUAUUGUAUCCCUGCUUCAGGAAAAUCUGAAUAACUCACGUGAAGAAGUAGAACGUCUGCGUGACACAAUCCGUAACUUGAAAUCUGUGGCUAGGGAUUCCAUUCGCAUGCUACGUCGUGAACUCGAUAUCAUGAAAGAACACUCUAUGUUGGAUCGACAAAUCAUUACCAAACACGUCGAGGAUAUCUGCAAGGUACUUUCAGUCCAUAGAUGCGCACUGAAGGAACGAGAACAAGAAAUCACAGUUGAUCAUGAGCUCGAGCUGUCGGAUUUGAAAAAGAUGCUACAAACUAGAGACGAGCAGAUUUGUAAUCUCGAGAGAGCUUUGGCGGAUAAAGAGACAGACAGCUCGGAAAAGGACAAGCUUAUUGCGACCAUGAGGCAGAAGAUUGAAGGUGAACAGCAAGAGAUGAAGAAAUUGCAAAUCGUCUAUAGGCAAAUUGAAGAGAGAUUGGAGCAGACGCUCGCCGAUAAAGAGGCCGCCAUCAAGGAAGCUGAUGAUGCCAGAGUUGCAGAAACGAAUACUUUGAGAAAUUCCCUGGAAAAGAGUCAAGAAAAAGUAGAAAAACUAGAAGAAAAAUUGAUCUUAGCCGAGAUUAGGUUUCAAAAAACCAUGAAGGAAGAGAACGACAAAUUACAGGUAGUAGAAUACAAAGCUCAGUGUGAAGCCAUAAGAAGUAGAUUUAAAUUGAUACAUGCUUCCACGAUAGAACGUAGUCCUAGCGAUUCAAGUCUUGAAAAAAUUGAGGUAAAUCGUGCAGAUUUGCUAGAAUUGUCUAAUCAUGAGUCCAUGAUAUCCCAGGCAGAAGAACCCACGACAGACGAAUGUAAACUCGCAACAGAGGAUGAAUGUCUGAAGAUGAGCCAAACAAAUAGCGAGCUCGGAGAAUCGAUGAAAUCAGAGAAAUCUGAUGAUGUGAAGGUAUCGGAGUCUAAGAAAGUUAGGCUGGAAACUGAUAGCGAUUUGCUUUCUCUACCUAUGAAGCUCGAGCUUCUCGAAGCAGAAAAUCAAAGACUCAACUCUGAACUGAGAGCGUCACACGAAAGCAAAGAAGACAUGGAAUCUAAAUUGGAGGUUCUUACUAACGAAAAGCAGCGUCUCGAGAUUGAAUUAUUAACCGAACGCGUAUCAAAAAAAGUGGUAUCUACGGAUUCAAUGAGCUCAUCUUCAAUAGCUUCGUCACCAGGAGUGAAUCACGAUAAAGAAAUGAAUCUCUCGGUGGCAGUUGUUGGAGUGUCGCCGAGCCGAGUUGAUGCCUCAACGAGUACCGAGCGCAGUCGUCGCGAGCCUUCAUCAUCUCACUCUUUACGCGAUAAGCUUACCAAGAGCACAACCACUUUGGCGCAACACGGAAAAAUCACGUAUACGAGUUGCAACACUGGGGACAUAGUGCUCGUUACCUGGGAUCAGGAGCAUCGCAAUUACACGCUCCUGCAGGACUCGCAGACUUUUUACUUUUUGAAUUCGGACUGCAUCGCUGAUCUGGGUCUCAAACUUAAACCUGAUGGACAACCAUUGAAGCCGCACGUUAUCGCAGAAGUGGUCGAGAAAGAAUAUUGCUCAGCCAGAAAGUCGGAAAACCGCUACAGGGUUCCACAAGGAACAAAAUUCUUCAGAGUGCGAGUUAAACCGCUUCAGAGGCUGAUAACUACCGGCAAGCAUUAAUUGAUGUUUCCUUCAAAAGAUCAUUGCCUAAUUUAAAGGAACGAUGAAAUUAUCAAAAGAAAGGCCAAAACCUGCCAGAGCCUCCAGACGCAUCUUCGAAAAAGUUUGAGUAUGAGCAAGUACACGUGCGAAGGGAUGCGCUGACAUUUAUUGUGAUAUAAAUAAUUUAAAAAUGAAAAAAAUAUUUUAAAAACCCGUGAUAAGGCCGACAAAAAAUAAGCUAGGAGGAACAUAUUCGUCGAAUGCUGUGGAUUGCUGUGACCGUGAGAGAGAGAGAGAGAGAGAGAGAGAGAGAGAGAGAGAGAGAGAGAGAGAGAGAGAGAGAGAGAGAGAGAAUCCGUAUUUAUUAUGUUGUUAUUUUUUAUAGUACAUAGCAAGGACAGCAAGUGAUUUAGAAACAACCUUAAUCAUUGACGUAAGUCCGAGCGACGCUUGCAAUACAAUGUUUAAUAUUUUAGUUUUCUUCACGUUUUAAUUUAAAAUUGUCAAGCAUACUAAUAACUUGUCGAUUGUCGAUUUUUUUAUAUUGAUAAAAAACAAAACAUCGAAUUGAAAUAAUAAUGAUAAAGGGAUACAACCAGUCCAUUGAUUCUUAAACAAUAAAAAAUAUUAAAGAAAAAAUAAAAAAGCAUGCUCUACGUAAUUAUACUGUGAGAAGCAUAUAUAUAUAGAUAAUAUUCACACUCCGUGGAGAGUAGACAUAUAAGUUUUAUAAUUCGUAUGAACUUACGAUAUUCAGCUUUGGUCAUACCUUUAUAUAUUAAAAUCGUAUAAUUGUAUAUCUUGAAGAUAUACGCAUAUGAAUAAUAUAUAUUCGUAUGAUAAACUUGCUAUUAUUCGUCUAAGUAAUCACUCGAGUGUGCAAUGACUUAUAUAUAUGUAAGAAUAAUUAAAACAGUACGUUUACUUUCGUUUUCAAGAUGAACAUAAUAAUCAAGUUUAUUCCGCUGUAGCAAAGCAAUUGGCAAAAUUACCUAGUUUUAUAUUUAUCAUCUUUAUGUAUAUUUACAGUAAAAUCCCAUACGACUGAUUUUUAGAUACGCCGCUGAAUUUCUAUAAUUAAGCUUUAUCUGAAAUAUAAUAUUUGAAUUAUUUAUUUCAGCGUUAAAACUUUGCAACCAACCGAGUCGCUGGUUAAACAAAAAAAAGUUCGAUUCAUUAUUUUGUACUAUGGAAAUCCCAAAAAAAGUAUAAACCUUUUGAGCGAUAACGCGUUGCUCGUUUUUCACUUAUUAAAAAAUACAUAAAAGUAAAAAUAAGAGUAGAAAAGAAAUUACUAGACGUGGCGAAAAGAAACCAAUGAUAGUGCGGUCGUUAUCAUCGGUCUCAAUCGCUAUCGUUUACAAACUGGAUAUAUAAUAGAUUGUACGGGCGAGAAAAUUUUUACUUUUAGGACAAUAGGCACCGAUUGUUCUUACCGAUAUGCGUAUAAACACUUCGUAUAGAAUAUCUUAAAAUAGCUGUGAUCAUUGCGGCGCCCAGACACUCUACGAACAAUCUGGAAUGAUAAAAUUCUUUUCUAUGUUUUUUAUAUGAGACAAAAAAAUCCGCUUUCAUUUGUACUUUUAUCAUGUAAAAAAGGUUGAAUAUUGCUUUAAACUAAUGAACAUCUGCGGAAUUUUUCGCGAUUCUUCGUAGAGUUGCCGUGGCUCUUUUAAUUCUAUUCAACGUUUUCACAUCUUAAUAGUAAUUAGUAAAUCCGCUCUCAAGUGAACAUAAAAAAGAAAGUAGAAUUUUGUGAAGGAAUGAGAAACGUGAUAGAACAAAUUUCUCAUUCUGUCUAAUGCUACCCAACAAAUAUUUGUCCGUAGACACUUUAAAAAUUGAUUCCUAACGAUAAUUUUAGAUUAUAAGCAUCGUUUAUUAAUUAAUUUACACGACAUUUUUCAAAUAAACAAAAAUCUACUCAUAGUAACGAUUGUGAUCAAGCUUUUCUUCGUCCUUAAUUGUAAAGAUAAAACAAAAACUUGACCAAUCGUUUCUUUCGUAUUUCUACAUUUCUUACCAAUUCUGUAGACCUUCGCACGUAUCUCGAAAUAUUUCAAUCUACGAAUACCUUUAAAAAACUCUGUUAAAAUGCAGGAAAAGUUACAUGAGUAAACUUGUAAAGUUUUCUAAAAAUAUUAAAAAUAAUUAAUUAGUUGAUGUAAGUCUAAGUAUCAAAGAUGUGUGCCUACGAUAUCUUGUGAAAACUGAAAAAAAUUGUAUUAUCCCUUCCGGUCGUGGUCAACUUAUCAUUCUCAGAGCUUUCUAAGUAACAAUUUUUAGAUCAACCCAUUGAGAAGUAAAAAUAAAACAUAGCUAAAAAUAGAAGGUUGAUGAUUAAUCAACUGCUUUAUAGUUAAAUUGCACGCAGUUUAUUGCGUCACAAUUAAGCAGAAGAGUAAUACACUAUUUUUUCACGCAUGAUGCGGGAAGUUCGAGGAAUUGACAAGUAGUAGAUUAAGAGUACAAUUUUUUUGCUCAGCAGAGGUGAAAUUCGCAUGUUACCGACCGAGCCGCGGUCGGGAAAAUGCUACUUUUGUAUCGCUGGGCACAAAAAUAACAACUAUUUAAUUAAAACAAAGAAAUUAUGAAUAUAGAUGUUCAAGAUGGGGGCACAAGCCCCCCCCCCCCCCCCCCCCCCCCUCAAAAGGUUUGAUCGCUGCCGAUCCAUGGGCGCAAUGUCUUUCCUGCAUGUUGACGAGCCGUACGGCAUAUUAGCGUUUUCCGCGCCGAAAAGCAAGAUGGAAAUCGAACUUCCCACAUGUCACGUGCAAAAAUUAUAUAAAUGAUAUAUGCCUCUUUAGAGAAAGUAAAAGACAUACAUGACCGUAAAGGCUAACGCUUUGUCUGUUCUGGUUUUCAUGAUUAGUUCGUGAAUAGAAUUUCCUUCAGUGGAAAUUAGAUUUAAAAAAAUGAAAAAAAAGUGUACGACAAAUCGAAGCAGAGCACGUGCGAAGGAAGUGAGAAAUAAACAUAAAAUUGUAUUUCAUUAAUGAUUAAUAAUCGGUUAUUAUUUUUCACUGCUUUUACCAUGCGUUAUUGUAAACGCAAAUCUGUAUUGUAAUAAAGAUAAAAAUCAAGAGUUUGCAAGGGUACGAGAGAAAGCGAGAAAAUAUGCGGAGCAUUGUGAUCGUUGAGAUGAGAUAACUGUUAAAAAGCUAAAGAAUGACAAAUGAUUAUAUAUGAAUUAAUAAUAAAGAAAUAAGUGACUUUUACAUGA